UCAGUUUGACACUGCUGCUUUUUUUAUACGUUACGGUAGUACGAGCUACGAAGUAGUUAAGUACUAUUGCGGGGUGCAUGAGUGUUGGCACCUUAUAUGGCAGAAUCAGUAGAUAAUUAUUGUUGUCCACCUUGGAACUUUUCGUGGAUCGUUCAGAAUGAAUUAGCUGGAAUGGCAUGGCCACAGACCGCUGCGAAUAUUCGUUUCUUGAUUAAUGAGGGAAUAAAACACAUUGUAACACUAUCUCCAGAGAAGAAACCUCCUGUUCACGCAUUUCCAGACAUCGCGUGGACAGAAAUACCCAUAAAAGAAUUUCGAUCGCCAUCGAUAACCCAGAUUAAAAAGUUUAUAAAAAUUUGCGAAUUAGCCUUAAAAAAGAGUGAGCCAGUAGGUGUCCACUGCCGAAUGGGACGAGGAAGAACAGGUGUAAUGGCAGCAUGUUAUCUUGUGAGGUUUCAUGAUUUAUCACCAGAGAGAGCAAUAACAAAUGUUAGACUCAUGCGACCUGGGUCUGUAGAAACAUAUGAACAAGAAAAAGCUGUUAUUGCAUACACUGAUUAUCUUCGCAGCAGUAAUGAGCUAGCAAAUCUGUAAGCCCCCAGUUAAAGGUAUUCUUU